GUGUACGAUUAGGCUUAGCUAAAAAGCUCAAGGAAAAAAAUCCCGCAAUGGUUAGUAAACAUUGUGUUAUUCAUCGGCAAGCUUUGGCUUCCAAAACGUUGCCACAGAAAUUAUGCCAGACUUUGGACUCGGCUAUAAGGAUUUUGUUUACUUUGCUUUGCGAGGAUCUCGUUUCUGAUCACAAAGUUCUUCUGUUUCAUACAAAAGUACGCUGGCCAUCCAAAAGCAACAUGUUGGCUGGCCUUUAUGAAUUGAAAGAAGAGGUAAUUCUUUUUCUUGAGUUCAAAGAAAAACACUAUUUCUUGACAAUUUUUAAAAAUGACACAUUUCAAUGGAGGUUGGCUUAUUUGACUCCUUGAAUGAGCAAAACUUGAAACUUCAGGGCAGAAACAACACUAUAAUAGGCAAUUAUGAUUAUAUUCAGGGUUUCAUAUCAAAGCUUCAACCUUGGAAUCAAA